AUGGUCGGGCCGAGGGGCCCCGGCGGGGGACGGGGCCGGGGCGGCGGCGGCGGGGCCGGGCGGGCCUGGCGGGGAGCGCGGCCCGGGCUGAGGGGAAGCUCGGCCGCUCCCGCCGCCGGACAGCGCUGCCCGGGCACCCGCGGCAGGCGCAGGGAGAGCAGGAGGGACAGAGAGAGCGAGUCUUCUAAUGCGAGCGCCGCGCCGCUGAAGGUGCUGCUGGUAGCGGGCCGCUACCGCGGGCACCGGCAGGACCUGGCCCUUGAGAGCCCGCUCACGCGAGGGGAGGCGAUGGCGCGUUCAGCUGGUUCUGUUCCUCCGCGGGCGAGUGAUGACCACACACCUCUGCUACACUUUCCCCUUCCACAAAAGCCCGGUCUCUGCCGUCCCAGUAGCCGGCUCCAGACCAAGCAGACCCCAGCACGGCCACCUGCUCAGGACUCACCUGUGCCUUAGUCAAAAACCAGAGCGAAAGAAAGGUACAGAGAUUAUGGCCUAUGUUUUGAGGAAAUAAAUGGAUUUCCAACAUUUGGCUAGAAUAAAAACACUAGCUGAAACAAUUCCAAUGGUACUGUGUAUCUUUAUCAAACACUACAUCACACAAACACAACACAGCAAUUCCACUAACUUACAUAUAUCUUGCAAAGCUGCAGCCAUGACUGAUUUUCACUGAAAAAGUAGCAAAAAGACCUACCUACUAUCCCCUGCUGGGGGAAGAAAUCUCACAAAUUGCUACUUACUUUUCACAAAAUAAGGAUACAGCCCAUUGACAGAAAGAACAAGUUUUGCAGAGAUAUGGUGUAGCUAUGCACAACUGAAUUCAGAUAAUUCAAGUGUCUUGCUCCACAUCCUUGGGUCAUAGUGCA